CUCGGGGUGCCCGAGUGCCCGCACCUCCGGAGCCCCUUCGCAGCGGGGUCUGCCGCCAGGCCUGGCAAGGGUUAACGCCGAAGCCCCACGCCCCCUUUGACGGAGUCGGACCAACCUCGCCAAAUUUGAAAAGGCAUCCGGGGCUGAGUGAGCGCCCUGGGCGCAUCGAGCCGCGCUGGCCCCGGACCCCCUGCGCGGGCAGCAGCCGCCGGGGCUCGGCUUGCCGAGGGACCGCGCUUCCCUUCGGGAGCCGGAGCAGCCAUCCCCGUGUCCCGGGCACCGCUGCCCCGUGGUCCCCGCUCCCGGCGGCAUCUCCGUGCCGUGGGAUCCCGCCGUGACCCCGGCCGGGGGAGCGUGUGCGGCCCCGCGCCUGCCGCGCCGUCUAAGAGGAGAAGGGGGAGGCGGUAGGAAAAGCCCGUCCUCGCAAAAAUGCAGCUCGCCCUUUUCUUGUCCUGGUGCUGCUGCCUGCACGGGUGCGCGCUGGGCACGGGCUUCCUCUACCAAUUCCCAGCAUCAACCCUGCAGCACAACUACCCAGAGCAGAGCUCGGGCUCGCCGGGCAGCGGCUUCGCCAGUCGCCGGCACUGGUGUCACUACACAGUGACAAGGACAGUCUCCUGCCAGGUGCAGAACGGCUCAGAGACGGUGAUCCAGAGGGUUUAUCAGAGCUGCCGGUGGCCAGGACCCUGUGCCAACUUAGUGAGUUACAGGACUCUCAUCAGGCCCACGUACAAAAUGUCCUACAGAACUGUGACCACGCUGGAGUGGAGGUGCUGUCCUGGCUUCACGGGGAGCAACUGUGAGGAGGGUGCUCCUGGCCGCCAGCACCGUUCCUUUCCCAACCAGGACCAAUGCAUGAACUGCACGAGGCUGGCGGACAUGACCGAGAGGCUGAACACGCUUGAGGCCAAGAUCCUCCUGCUCGAGGCUGCGGAGCGAAGCCCAUCCCUGGAAAACAACCUGCCCAUCACUGGGACCACGGCCACGUGGUAUGAUGAUCUGCUGCCAGAUGCCUUUCCCCUCCUCAAUCCUGGCACUGUCCUGAGAAAAACAGUGGGAUCUGCUGAGCCCAAAGGACACAGAGGUGCUGAGGAGCAGCUGAUACCUCAGGGGCUGCCAGGACAGGUUGGCCCUCCAGGCCCAGUCGGACCAACUGGUCUCCCAGGACCACCAGGGCCAAAAGGAGAGAAGGGACAACCCGGUGAGAGGGGCCCAGCAGGGCCACCAGGGCUGUUGGGACCUCAAGGACCAAGAGGACUUCCAGGAGAAACCGGGAUCCCAGGUCCCCCAGGUCCUCCAGGGCCACCAGCCACCCCAAGCCUCCCUCUUACCUUCCAACAAGGGGUUCUCUACUCGCUCCAGCCCACAGCUGAAAAAGAAAAUGGAGAAGCCCAGCUGGCCUCCACCGUCAUCGACACCAUCAUGGCUGGGCUGCCCGGGCCACGGGGAGCCCCAGGGCCUGUGGGGCCACCAGGGCCACCAGGUGCAUCAGGACCCAAAGGGCCCCCAGGACCUAUUGGAGCCCCUGGAUCACAAGGCUUACCAGGAUCUCCAGGACAACCUGGGCCAAAAGGAUCCAAAGGAGACCGAGGAGAGAGAGGGCAAGCAGGUCUGCCUGGAGAGAGGGGCAUUAAGGGAUCUCCUGGUGAACCAGGCAAGAAGGGUGAGGAAGGUGACAAAGGUGCUGAUGGGGAAGGUGUUCAACAGCUCCGAGAGGCUCUGAAGAUUUUAGCUGAGAGGGUAUUAAUUCUUGAGCACAUGAUAGGAAUUCAUGACUCUUUGUCUUCCAUUGAGCCAGGCUCUGGACAGGAUGUGAUCCCGGGCUCCCCCCUGAGAACCAGCAUCAAGAUCAAGCGUGGAGGCCCCCGGCAGCCCCAGCCCUACCAGAUCCUCUCCUCGCUGCUGGAGGACGGAGAAGCCAAGAGGAGAAGCAACCGGAUGAAGUAGGAGCGUCCCGUGUUCUCCCUGCCGCUCACCAGUUCCAGAUACAGUAUCCCAGUGCUUAUUGCAGACUGCAGGUGGAGUGGGUAGGAGGCUGCAGUGUUGGCAGCUGGGUUUCCUUACCUGGCUAAUGCUGUGCCCUUAUUGCAGGGAAUGUCUUAUCCAUAGCUCAGAGAGGGUUUUCCUUGACUUUGUUGUUUUGCCUUUGGAAUACCAGCUGGCAGGUAUCUCAGAAGCUGCCUACAGCAAUGACACCUCCUGGCUGUGUCUCAAGAGUUUAAUCCUCCCCUUGUUUCCUCACAGUGACUCAGUAAAGCUCUGCUUAACUGGCCAAGACAAUCCAUCCCACCCAGACUCAAAGCCAAGCCUCAGCCUUGUCCCUUGGUGUAGUUGGAGGCAUCUGCUUUUAUUUCAUGUGUUGGUGUCAUACUGGCUUCCAGGUGGAGGUACCACUUCCACAGGCCAUGAAAGCAUGACCUGCAAGGAUUUCUUUUAAGCAAAGAAACAAAUUAGAAAAUCCAAAGAACAUUUAAAAUGUUUCUCUGAAAUGUCAGGUGCCUCUCUGGACUUUAGCAUCAAAAUCUUGGCUUUUCAUGUUGCCAAUUGCACCUGAGUGACAUUAUUUCUGUUUGUGGCUGGCUAAGCAAGGACUUUUGAUGCAAAUGUUCAUGGCAACAUUGACUUUCUAUCUAUCUUCAGUGAAAUUACACUGUUUCUGUGAAAAUACAGAGCAGUUUGCAUGAGAUAUGAUGGAAUUGUGCAAGAAUUUUCCCAUACUGUGUUCAGCUUGUGCAUACAUCCAGAGAUAAUUAAUUUAAGUGGUGGCAAUAACUAUUCACAGAAAAGGAUAUUUUGCAAUCUUUUCUUAAUCCUACAGCAAUAAGGAAAAAUGUUUUCACAGUGUUUUGUUUUAAUCUUGUGAGUAAAUCCUUGCCAUUUGAAUCUGGAGACAGUGUAGUAGCAAACCACAGCCUAAACAAUUAGUGCCUUGUCAAGAGCUUAUCUUGCACUGGAUAAACAGAGACUCAUUUUACUUUUUGCAAGAACUUGUUAUUUUAGGGGAAGUACCAGCUUCCAGGUUUAAGGAGUUGAACCUGCCCUUCAGUGACAAAUGAAUCACUCCACCUGCUGUGCUAACCAGGUUGGACAAGCUGAAGUCAUUUAUGUAGACAGUGAGUUUUGUUAGAAGGGUGAGAUUAACCAACAGAACUGAUGGUUACUGGUUUUUAAUUUUUACUUCCCCUGUUCUGACAGUUUGCAAAUUCAGCCCAGGACAAAAGUGAUCAAGUUGAGUUUGUGUUUGUCAUAAGUCAGGUCCAAUGGUCCCAUUGUAUCUGGUUCCUGUGCAAAACAGUUUGUCUGAACAAGGUGAGCUGUCCUGCUGAAUGUCUGUCAGAAGGUGCUGCAAAGACCAACACUGUCCAUUUAUUCAGCAGCCCAAGUGAUCUUCCCAAGGCCAAGCCAAAAGCCUGUGGUUCACUGGAAAUGAGGCUAAAAAUGAGGAGCUCAGCCAGCCCAACAUUAGCCACACAUUAAAUUGACUUUCCAUAAUCACUGUAAACAUGAUGUACCCACAGAGAUAUCCAGGCCAAAACUUUCCUCUGAAGAACCUGAGCAGGUCUCCAGGAUUGCUGAAUUCACUGUAUGUCUUCCCUUGGCCCUGCUCUUUGGAAAUCCAGCCAGAGAUCCCAAACCAGGUGAAACAGCUUAAAUUAAUGCUGAGAAAGCACCAGAAAGAUGUCUUUUACUUCUGGAACUAAGUAACAAACAGCAGUGGUUUAGGCUGGCUUGGAGGCAGCAGGAAUUCAUGUCCUUGCCCUGCUUUUGCAUCUUCCCUGUGCUUGGCCAGUGCCAGUGGUGGGGUUCAUUCAGCUGCCAGCCCACCUGGGUCAGCUUGAGCUGCUGAUCAAGUUUUCCAAGGGAUAUUUCAAAGAAACAAACCCAGAGUGUUGCAAAAGCUUGGAGAGUUCCUUGCCUGCACUCUGAGUUACAGCUGGAGCAUGAUAUGGUCAGAGGACAAGAAAACAAGUAAAACUGCCCAAGUCAAGCAGGUUACUGACCUCCAGCAGUCAUCCUGUAUCCACAAUCCUUUUGGAAUAAUGAAUUAAAGUCUCUUUGGAAGCAUCUCAGUUUCAAAUCCAGCACUAACCCUAAAUCCAGUGUAACUCUAAGUUCAGGAUGUUUAUGGUGCUGUACAGAGCCCAUGUCCCUCCAUCCACUACUGGGAGGGCAGUGGCUCUUUUGGUGGGCAGCUGAGCCUGGUGCAGCCACUGGAACUUAUUAUUCUUGGAAUAAUCUUUCCGUUUAAUAAUUAAAUGUGCCAAAAAAGAUGUUUCCCCAUUUACAGGCAGAUCACUGUGUAGGAAUUGGGAAGUACUUGGUUACCUCUUUGUUGAAUCAGGACCAUCUUGGUUGUGGAUCACAUGGACGCUCCAAGACAUCACUGGGGGCUUCCAGGAGAUAACUCCUUGUGCCAACAUGUUGGUGUUGGAAAAUCAGGCCUGGAGACUGAGGAGAAAUCUCAGUUCACUCUAAACUUGUACCCUGGGCAGACUGGUGCCAGCUAUAGUUGAUGCCACAUUAACAACGUGCCCUCAUAGCAGUUUCAGGAACCAAACCAAACCAAAGCAAUCUUUAAAAAGGGAAAUGGUGAAACUCAGUUUCACUGGUCCUGUAGGUACAGGGUUGAAUUUGGGGAAGGGGGAGUACAAGGAGGCCAUUUUCACUUCCCUGACGUUUUGGAGGCUUCCCACUGAAGUGAAAGAGAAAUCUUUCUUCCUCUGAGUUUGUCUUCUGAACUCAAAGCUGUUUCAUGAGCUUGGUGGGUGCUGAGGCUUUAGUCACUCCUAUUGCUGAGGCAUUCAUAUUGAUGAGGGGGUUGGAUUUUAUACUCUUUAAAACAAAUUACUGGUAAGAUGAAAGGAAAAUUUAAUGGACGUUGUUUGCAAUUAAUCCUGCCAAGUCAAUUGUCAAAAGGCUGGUUAAGUUUGGGUUGAGACCAUUUUAAUUACUGACGUUUCCAGAUUUCUGCAUGAGCUCUGUAAUUUUUUCUCCCCAUACUUCUUGCUUUCUUUAGCUCCAUCUCUCUGAUGAGGCACUGUAUCUUUAAUUGGGGGGCAGUAGGAUUAUACCAAAUGGACUUUCUCUCUCCACUGGGGUUUCGUUCCUCUCUACUUACACAAGGAUUGGAUCACACUGUUGUGCCACCCCAUUUAAUUAUGUUUUAAAGGUGAACACAGCCUCACACACUGACAUUAAUGAUAUUGAUGACUAAGCAAACCACUCCAACCACAUUUUCCAUCAUAGGCAGGAUACUGAGGUUCAUUUCAGCCAGGGCAUAUAAAUGCUUCUUGCCAUGUCUAUGUAACUUAGAAAGGGGAUUUAUCUUGAAUGCGUGCUCAUUUAGAAAUAUAUUUUAAUUGAAAUGUUUAGUGCUUUAUCUUACAUACAUACUGUGCAAUACCAUAGUGUGUUCUUUCCCUUUUUUAUUUUUUUCCUAAGACUUUUUUUUGAAAUUCUUAAUGUUUGUUUGAGCUCCAGUGUGUUUUUGACUUGGAUCAAUUCCUUGCCCUCAGCUAACCAGAAGCAGCAACAUUGCACAACCAAAAACUCUUUGCAACUCGUGCACCCUCGUGUUCACCAGCAGCCUGGUACCCUGGGAGGCAGGGAAUGCUUCUCUCCAGAGUAUCUCAUUUGCACUUACUGUAAGGAAUUGAUAGUAACCCAGGGAAACAGGAAUAAAAUAGAGAGGAGAGCCCUCACUGCUCCCACCAAACUUCUCAGGCAUUUUGCCAUCACCUUUCAGAGGAACAGGCCUUAAAAACCAGGUGCUGGUGAGGUUUGGUGGGGCAGAGCUUGUGGCUCCCCAGAAGCUCUCUGGGCUCACUGCCAUGAACUGUUGUGAUGUAGGACCCUGAGCACUGUGACAAAGGCUUCCAAAAGACAAUCAGCUUCUGGAAUUACUUCUCAAUACAGUUAUUGCAAAUCCAUCCUCCUCCAUUUUACAGCUGCUGCCUUGCUCGAGAUGACAUUCCACGGGGGGCUUGGGGGUGUAGGGGGUUAAACUACUCAGUCUGUGAUGUCUUGGUUCCCUGUGAAACCAAGGGUUCAAAGGUGCUAUAACUGUUCACAAGGCACAUUCCCAUCCACAGAAGGAAAUGGUAACUUUUUCACCAGUUAUUUUACAUGGUAUCUUUUUUAUUUAUAUCAGUGUGUUUCAUAUGUGUGCAAAUGGUCCUGGCUUCUCUCAUGGGGAUCAGCUUUACAACCAUUUGGUCUUUUAUAGGGCAGCCAUACACAGUAUCUUGCAAUCAUGUGUAAUUUCUUAACUUAGAGCAAGAAUAAAUCUCGUCUGACAGGAUGAACUCAUUUAUGGCAGGCUUUAAUGUUUGUUGUAAACACAACCUGUUUGUUCCACCUCUUGCAUGGUUACUUAUCUGUUUUCAUAUUGCUAUGUUAUUGUUCAAAAUAUCUAUUUCUCUUUAUUUGCUAUGGGGUUUGUUACUGUAUAUGGAAUGUUUUGUAUUCAGCAUUUUCUUUCGGAGCAGAGUGGGAACAGUAUUCAAGGACCCACAAAUACCAAAGACCUUUCAUGUAAUGCACUGAGAAAUAAACUUACUGUAAAUGAA